AAUCACCUGCUUCUAACUCCUGCCUGCGCGUUACCACCCACAGAAGUAUUACCGUGAAGCGCUUGGCAGCUCUUCGCUGGCAACAUUGCUGCUCUUGGCCAGCAAUGUUGCUAGGCAACCAUGGCUGCUAGCUGUGUCGGCAUCGUUUGCUUCUUGCUGCUGGCGCAGCGCGGGAGGACAGCGGCCCAGGAAUGCGGAGCAGGUGUUUGCCCGCACUGCGCGGACGACUCGCAGGACGCUCGCAUCAGAAUUGCAGAGAUAAUGGCCGUGGCGCAUGUCCGCGCCGCGGCUGAACACCGGCGCGCCGAGGAGGUCAAGGCGGCAGAAGGCCGGCGCGCCGAGGGGCGCCGGGCGCUUUCAAUAGACUUCAGGACCUGCGCUAUCAUUCUUGGUAUCUUUCUCGUCGGCCACCCUCUGCGGGAGCUUUUUAACAAGUGUUGUGCCGCACUGGACGCCGCCUCACGCAAGGUCGUGGGCCCCAUCCAGACCUUCAUCGUGGAUCAGGCGGCCCCGAUCGCUGGGGGGCUCACCGCUUUCUGGAUAGUGGCCAGAGACUGGUCGCCGCUACUAGGCAGUGAGCGACGCCGCCUACCACGCCCCUGCCUAGCCCUUGAGAAUGGAGCAAUCAAUCAUUGUGCAUCACGUGCCUGCUCAUUUUGACAAUCUGCGUGUAUCGCAUGACCAACUUUGGAGCGAGUGGGCAGGACGGUGACCGGGUCGACCCGAUGUGCGUUGGCCGCCGUGGGUGGCGCACGGGGCACAACGGAAAGGACUGAUGGUAGCAAGCCGAAGCCAGGACCUGGCGUCAGACGCGAAGAAGGGGCAGGGCACCAUCAUGACGUUUACCGGGUUGUACAGUAGUAGAGUACGUGGUACGUGCACUACCUGCACAACGGAAACUGGUAUUGACACUGCUCGACACUGUGCAGACGAGAACGUGCAAACACAAACAGACAUCGAC